AUGGAGUUACCUGACCCUUUCCUCCCUGGCGCGAUUUCGUUGCUAGAUCAGCUCGACAAACGAAUGAUGGUGAUGCUUCGGGAUGGAAAAACACUUAUAGGUGACCUCAGGACAAUUGAUCAAUUUGCUAACCUUGUUUUACAUAACACUUUGGAGCGGAUAUAUGUGGACAAUUUUUAUGGCGACAUUCCUCGAGGGAUGUUCUUAAUUCGUGGAGAAAAUGUCGUAUUAGCUGGGGAAUUGACGGAGGAUGAGCCGAAAGGCCUGACGAAGGUAUACUUUUAAUUUGUUCUUGUUCUGGAUUUAGAUUUCUCAUUUCCUGAUUGGAAUCAUGGAUAAUAUCCGAAAAUUUGAUGCCAGAAUGCAGCCCGUCGGCGCUAAACCUGAAUGCUUUUCAGGUAUCACUGGAAGAGAUCUUGCGCAUGCAGAAAGUGAAGCAAGAAGAGAAAGAAGAACGCGAUAAGGCGAGGCGUCGCAUUUUAUCGGGUCGAGGUCGUAUAACCAGCCAAGUUCAGGACAUUUUCGUCGAUGAAUGAAUGUCUAGUCCGUCCCAAUUUUUCCAUCGUUCCUACUUUCCCAUUUCCGCCAUGAAUAAUCCAGUUUUUUCGGCGUCUACUCAUGUUUUUUUAUCUAUUUAUUUUAGUUGACCGUUAAAUUAAAUGUUGUUCAAAAAUCUUGAUUUUUCAUUCUGAUACUUGGUUUCAAAGUGGUCACCAACCAUGGGAUAUAUAGUAUGGAGAGUUGUGAAGGCCAUGCCAUCACAAUUUAUCCAGUAUCUUAAUUGAAAUUGAUUGUUUUAAGGCACAAUAAAUUGGGUUCGGUUUGUGAGCGUGGCCCCGGGAAAAGCCCAAAAUUUUCGCGUUCUCUCUCGUUUUUUCUCCGACUUCAGGCCACAAGGUGAGUAACUAGAUGUUGUGCUUCAUAACAAAACCAAAAAUUCUGAGGGAAAACAGAAAAAUGGGGUUCAAAUGAGCAAAAACAUUAUCUUAGUCAUGUACAAGGUGGUGGGCCUCGGAAAAUCGCCAAAAUUGAUGUUCUACAGUUAAUUCAUCCAUUCUUUUUGAUAAAUAUAGACGUAUUACAUCUUGUAUUACAAUUUUAUCACAAUUUUUCGAUCUUCCACAUCUAUUUUCAUUUUGAAAAAUUGAGUUUUCUCCAACUUUUUAUCUCAAAUCUUUCCGGACCGGAAGUCUCAAUUGAUCAAGAUAAGACCAAAAAUCUAAAAUUAUGUCGCCGAGACCCAACAAUUAUUGCGAAUAUGAAUUCCAAACUGCUACACAUUCCUCUCUCGGCGCGCCACGUCAAAUCCCCACGUCUUUUUUUGGUUAGAAACCAAAAAAAGCGGAGAAAUUUUCACGUCAAUCCGAAUUUUGCGGGUUACCAAUUAAAAUUUGGAAUAAAAGUCGAUUGUUUUGGGAAUCGGCGGCUGUCUGGGACUUUUCGGAAGAACUUUUGAGCAAUUUUUUGGGUAAAAUUUGAAAAAUUUUUUUGUAUUUUGAGGGGAAAGCGCUUAUUUGGAAGAAAAAAAAUGUAAGCCGGGGGCUAAAAGAGCUUGAAACGGCUUUAGAGUCUCAGAAAAGGGGGUUUGAGCUCAAUUCGGAGGUUGUUUCAUUCAAAAUUUGGGAGUUUCAAGCCAUUUUUGAGUAGUGUAAUAUAAAUUAUUGUAGAUUUUGUAUGAUUUUUUGUUGAGAACAGAUACUGAAGAGCUUUUAGAAGCCCAAAAACUAAUUUUGAGCAUUGCUAAGGCUUUAUUUUGAAAGAAAAUUGAAUUUUUUUUAUCUAAUUUUGCCUAGUGUAAUAUAAAUUGAUGUAAAAUUUUCUAAAAUUUUCUUAAUUUCUGUCAUUUUUCCCUUCAAAAUGGCCUUAUUCGAGCCAAAAAAUCAUUUUCCCCGCAAAAAAAACUAAAUUUGAUAUCAUUUAUGAUAUUUUUUAUACCUUCAUCCAAAAAAAUUUCCUCUUUUUGUCUCCGAAUUCGCCCACAAAUCAGAGCAAAGUGGUUUUUUUGUGAUAAGACUUUACUGCUUUUUACUCUUUUGAUAAAAAUUUUUACUUUUUUGAAAAAAAUGAAUUUUCGAACCGACAAAAUUACGUGGAAUAACCAGCAAAAAAUCACAAAUAAUAGUGUGAUUUGCAUAAAUUAGGUGGUCAUGGUUUAUAAUCUGUCUUUUGGGACUGAAUAACUCGGUUUUUGUUUGAACAGCCAUCAAAAAUUUUGUUUCUAGGUAUAAAUUUUCGAAAAAUUUGUGAUUUAGCGUUUAGAUGGAUGUUGCAGGCAGUGGGAGGAGUUGUAAUAGCAAAUGUGGGGUGGGAGAGAUGUUUUAGAAGUUAGAUUGGGGAGAAAAAUUCGAAAAUUUUUAUAUUACUUUAGGUGAGAUUUUUGAAUUUUUGAUGAUUUUUGGCCGAAAAGUCACUUUAUUUAGGUUUAAAAAGUAUUUUAAAAGGUGUUUUAAGUAUUUGCAAAAAAAGAUUUUUUCAAAUUACAUUGAAGUUAAGAGAUUGUGACCUUAUUUUAGGUAACAAAUUGAGUAAUUUUGAAAAUUUUUAUUUUUAUAAAUUUUUCAAAAUUUUUUUUGGUAAAUUAAAAAGUUUUUUCGUAUUUUACAUUUCGAAUCUCUUUUUUCAAAAUUUUAAAAUUUUUUUACUAUAUUUUUCAAUAAAAAAAAAUUUUGUUACAGUAAGCCGAAGCUCGUCGAGAAUGUCCACCGAGUCCACAGGGCCCACCCAGCACAACGUCGUCUUUGUCUUGGGCCCUCCGGGCAGCGGGAAAGGCACACAAUGCGCCAGAAUCCAGGAGAAGUUCGGUUUUGUCCACCUGUCGGCGGGCGACCUGCUCAGAGCCGAACGACAACGAGAGGGCUCCGAAUUCGGCGAACUCAUCGAAACCCACAUCAAGAACGGAUCAAUUGUCCCGGUGGAGAUCACCUGUAAACUUAUUGAAAAUGUAGGUUUAUUCUUACUGUACAAGAUUUUUUUUAUUGCACUGUGCGAUCACUUUUUUUUUAUUUUCGCACUGUGCGGUUUUUUCGAUUGCACUGUGCAGAAAAUUUUUUUUGGUUUUGCACUGUGCGGUUUUUUGUGACUGCACUGUGCACAAAAUUUCAAAUCUUUGCACAGUGCAGAAAAUCUUUAUUUAUUUUUUUCGCACAGUGCGAGUUUUUUUCCGACUACACUGUGCACGAAAGUCUCAAAUUUCUGCACUGUGCGGACACGUUUUUCAUUUUCGCACUGUGCAAAGAUGUGAAAUUUUGUGCACAGUGCAGUCGGAUAUGAGAAAAAUUGCACAGUGCAGUCGGAAAAAACUCGCACAGUGCGAAAAUAAAAAAUAAAAUUUUGCACAGUGCAAAGGUUCGAAAUUUUCUUGCACUGUGCAGUCGGAAAUGAGAAAAAAUUGCACAGUGCAUCCAAAUUCUGUCUCUGCACUGUGCGAAAACAAUGAAAUUUUGCUGCACAGUGCAAUCGAAAAAACAGCACAGUGCGAAAAUAAAAAAAAUUUUUUUGCACAGUGUGUAAUUAAAAGAAUAAUUUUUUGCCUUAAAAAAUGUGCCUUGAGUUGCGAGAUCAAAUCUGACAUAGAAUUUCACCCUUUAUUUUGCAAAAAUCAAUAAUUUUUCGUCGUAUUUUAGGCGAUGUUAGCAGCCGGCGACGCCCAAGGCUUCCUGGUCGACGGUUUCCCGCGCAACAAGAACAAUUUGGACGGCUGGCAGAAGGAGAUGAACGACAAGACCAAAGUCCACUUCGUCCUGUACCUGUCCGCCCCGCUGGAGGUCUGCGUGAAACGUUGUUUGGGCCGCUCGCAAGGCCGCGCCGACGACAACGAAGAGUCGCUGCAGAAGAGGAUUGUCACCUACAAUGAACAGACAUUGCCCAUCAUCGAGUAUUACAGAGAUUUGGGCAUGGUCAGAGAGAUCAGCUCCGAGCCGGGACCCGAUCAGGUAGGAUUUUUGGAUAUUGUAAUAGACGGCUGGGGAAAUUUGCGGGAAAAUUUAAUUUUGAGAAAGAAAAAAUUGUGAAUAAUGCUUUUGAUGAAAAUCUAGAGUCAUAGGACAACAGCACUAACGAUUUUUUCAUCAAAAAAUUGGGGUUUUUGACGAGUAUUUGGCCGAUAUUAUAGUAGAUAUCAAGUCUAAUAUUUUGAUCCAAAAACGGAUUUUUCAAAUAAAAAUGUAUAAGGUAUGGUUGCUAUUUGAUAGAUUAUGGCUUAAAAUAUCUUAUUUAGCGUUUGUUUGUUUAAGAAAAUUAUUUUUUCAUCAAUUUUCGGAAAAAAUUAUAGUCGGCGGUUAAAAUAACAUUUUGAUAAAAACCCGCCGUUUCGAUGAAAGAACUGCCCAAGAGUGUUUGUGGUUUGAGAGAUUAGAGCAUGUGACUUCCGAUUCAACGAUUUUUAUUCUGAUAAACUUGUUUUUGUCUGCGCUUUUUGGCGGACAUUGUAGUAGGCAUCAAGGAUAAGAUUAGGUCUUUAUGAUCCUUAGAUAAUGAAGAAAAGUGGUUCUAGUCAAUGAAUAUGAUGUGAAAUAAAGGUUCCAAGCAGAAAAAUUUUUUGGGUUACUGUAACAUAAGAAAAAUUCAAUUUUUUGGUGGGAAAUGAAUCUUUCGUAUAAAAUGUCUCCUUGAUCAAAAUAAGCGGUGGGUUGAUUAGAAAAAGUGAAUAUAUAGUAGCUAAGAAGGAUUAGGAAAAAUUUUUUAGUUGACAUUUCUUUACAUGGGUUACUGUAACAUACGAAAAAUUAAAUUUUUUAUAGGGAAAUGACUUUUUCGUAUAAAAUGUCUCCCUGUUCAAAAAUAAGCAAUGCGUUCAUUAAAAAAGUGAAUAUAUAGUAGCUAAGAAGGAUUAGGAACAUAUUUUUAGUUGACAUUUCUUUAAAUGGGUUACUGUAACAUGCGAAAAAUUCAAUUUUUAGCCUAUUUUUUGCAAAUUUUUACGAAUUUAGCCGUUUUUACACCUUAUUGUUUCAAAUUCAGGUCUUUGCCGACGUGGAAAAGGUCUUCAACGACGCGGGCUUCAAGUCCCAUUAA